ACAAUUAAAAAACAGCAUAACAACAAACAAAAAAUUUAUACUUCACAACCAUUAAUUUAAAUAAUUAUAUUCUUUAUAAUCUCCAUUUAUUCAUCAAUCAAUUCUUCUUUUUAAUUUGAUUUCUUAUUGUAUAUAAAUUUCCAUGUCAAGUUCAGAAAACUCAUGCAAUUACGUGACAAGGCGGCGUACCGUGUUGGAUUUAAUAGAAUCGCAAGAUUAUGGCGGUGGUGGUGAUGGUGGCGGACACAUGUCGUCGAUGAGAAACCGGGCAGCUUUCUUGCAUAAGAGGGUAAAGUACUUACCGGAACUUGUUCGGCCGGGAAAGGUUUUCGGGAGGUGGAUAUUUGCUAGCUUGAUGAUUAUGGCAUUUCUUACCAUGGUUAAAAAGGUUGAAUUGAUCAAUAACUUGCCGGUGAUUUCGGAGAAAGCUCAUUUCUUGAUUCGUCCGGUAGCUAGGGUUGGUAGCUCGGAUGUUCAUGAUAUUGUGAAGGAAGAAAGGUCGGUUAUCGGAGGUUUUGAUUCCGAUUGGAAACCUCCUUCGAGGUUGAUCUUACCGGUUAGACUUGAACUUUUCGAACAUAACCCAGAACUUUGGACGAAGCCUAUCAGCGAUAAUUUCUAUAAGUGCAUCAACCGAUCGAGAAGUGAAAAAAAGACGACAAAUGCCACGAAUGGAUAUCUUCUAGUUCAUGCAAAUGGUGGAUUGAAUCAAAUGAAAAUUGGGAUAAGUGACAUGGUUGCCGUAGCCAAAAUUAUGAAUGCCACUUUGGUCCUUCCUUCUUUAGAUAAUUCUUCAUUUUGGACUGAUUCAAGUGAUUUCAAAGCUAUAUUUAAUUGGAAGCACUUCGUUGGAGUAUUAAAAGAUGACAUUGAAGUUGUGGAGUCUCUUCCAAAUCAACUUGCAUCACUAAAGCCAUUACAGAAACCUCCUGUUUCUUGGUCCAGGCCUAAUUAUUACAGAAAUAAUAUUGCUUCCUUAUUAAAGAAGCAUAAGGUCAUCAAAUUUACGCACUCGGAUUCUCGCCUUUCUAACAAUGGUGUCGCUGCAUCGAUACAAAGACUUCGUUGUCGCACAAUGUACGAGGCAUUGAGGUUUACUGACGAAAUUGACAAACUGGGAAGGAAAUUUCUCGAUAGACUUACGACUAAUGGUGAACAAUUUAUCGCUCUUCAUCUAAGAUAUGAAAAGGAUAUGCUUGCUUUUACAGGAUGUAGUCAUAAUCUUACUAAAAUGGAAGAUAAAGAACUAAGAAGAAUGAGAUUAAAAGUAAAGCAUUGGAAGGAAAAGAAUAUUAAUAGUACGCAACGACGAAUCGACGGGCUAUGCCCUAUGACACCGAGAGAGAUUGCGGUAUUCCUCGAGGCAAUGGGGUACCCACAUGAUACAAAAAUCUAUAUAGUUGCGGGCGAAAUUUACGGAGAAAAUGGAAUUAAAGCACUUCAAGCAAAAUAUCCAAACAUUUAUACUCAUUCUACACUAGGAACAAAGGAAGAAUUGAAACCAUUCAAGAAUGGUCAAAAUAAACUUGCUGCACUUGAUUACAUUGUAGCAGUUGAAAGCAAUGUUUUUGUCUAUAGCUAUGACGGUAAUAUGGCCAAGGCAGUCGCAGGACAUAGAAGAUUUGAAGGUUUUCGGAAAACCGUUAGCCCCGACAAAUAUAAUUUUGUACGAUUGAUCGACCAAUUAGACAACGGUAUGAUGUCUUGGGAAGAGUUUUCAAGAAAAGUUAGAAAGCUACAUAGAGAUAGAAUUGGAGCUCCUCACCGUAGAGUGCCAAGAAAAUCUCCCAGAGACGAGGAGAACUUUUACGCAAACCCUUUCCCAGCCUGCAUUUGUGACAAGUCAAGAUCAAGAAUCUUGCAGACAAUUAACUUAUUAAAAUAGGGUUAGCCAACCAGUUCAAAUAAGGUACUAGAGUUGUGUAAAACACUAACCUAUUUGGCUCUAAUAGCCAAUCAAACUGUAUAGAUCAUCAGAGGAUAACAAUGCCUAGAUCAAGAAAUAUAAACAGAAAGAAUGCAACAGAAGUUGUACAGUGAUUCAGUGAGUCUCUUGGACAGAAUAUGCAACUGAGUGAGAUGUUUUUAGCCCGAGAAAUAGAAGCAAACAGUUUUGUAUAAUGUUCAUGCGCCUGUCCUUUUUUUUUUUUACAGAAACAAAGUUUUCAAGAAUUAGACUAGAAUGAUUAUG